AUCGAUUGGCCGCAUUGCCUUCUCCAAAAAAAAAAAGUCAAAGCCUCGUGCUACACCACGACUUUCUCGACCAAGAUCAAUUGAUCCGAGGCAACGUGAUACCAUGUGUGGUAUUUCGGGUAUAAUUCUGGGCGAUCCAGAAGCCACCACCGCCGCCAUCGACCUGCACGAGUCCCUGUACUAUCUCCAGCACCGUGGACAAGAUGCUGCCGGUAUUGCCGUGUGUCGGGGCGGGAGGGUCUUCCAGUGCAAGGGCCUAGGCAUGGCCAGCAAGGUCUUUGACGAUGGCAAGCGCGCGACGCCGGCGACGAUACCUGGCUACAUGGGAAUUUCUCACCUUCGCUACCCGACUGCCGGCACCUCAUCUGCAUCGGAAGCCCAGCCCUUCUUCGUCAACUCCCCCUUCGGCCUGUCAAUGAGCGUCAACGGAAAUGUCGUCAACGCCCCGGAAAUCGUCAAGUUCCUGGACUACGAGGCUCGCCGCCAUGUCAACACCGACUCCGACUCCGAACUCAUGCUGAACAUUCUCGCCUGGGCCCUUGGCGAAACUGGCAAGCGCCGAGCCAGUGUGGAAGAUGUCUUUGCUGCGCUGCGCGAGGUUUACGCAAGGUGUCAUGGUGCAUUUGCAUGUACCGCCAUGAUUGCCGGCUUUGGCAUCUUGGGCUUCCGUGACGAAAAUGGCAUCCGGCCCCUCUGCCUCGGAUCUCGACCAUCAGAAACCCUCGAAGGCGCGACAGACUACUUUCUGGCUUCGGAAUCGAUUGCUCUGACACAGCUUGGAUUCAAGAACAUCGUUGACAUCUUGCCCGGCCAGGCUGUCUUUAUCCAAAAAGGAGGCGUUCCUCAGUUCUCACAAGUCGUGCCGGCCAAGUCUUACACCCCUGAUCUGUUUGAGUAUCUCUACUUCGCAAGGCCUGAUGCGCACAUGGAUGGCAUUUCUGUCCACCGCAGCCGACAGAAGAUGGGACUGAAGUUGGCCAGCAGGAUGAAGCAGGUUUUGGGCGAAGACGGGGUUCGGGAAAUUGAUGUUGUCAUUCCCAUUCCCGAGACUAGUAAUACGGCCGGCGCCGAGCUUGCUAAGGAGCUACAAAUACCCUUCUCAAAUGCGUUCGUGAAGAACAGGUACAUCUAUCGCACAUUCAUCCUUCCCGGCCAGAGGGCACGACAAAAGAGCGUCCGUCGGAAGCUCUCACCCAUCGCGUCGGAAUUCAAAGACAAGGUUGUUUGCCUGGUUGACGACAGCAUCGUACGGGGGACGACGUCGUGCGAGAUUGUUCAAAUGGUUAGAGAAUGCGAGGCAAAGCGCAUCAUCCUGGUGUCUUGCAGCCCAGAGAUCACCCACCCACAUGUUCACGGCAUCGACCUUGCCGACCCAGCCCAACUCCUCGCCCACGGCAGGACGCUACAGGAGAUGACCGAGAUCAUCGGGUGCGACGCCCUGGUGUUCCAGACCCUCGAGGACCUGAAGGCAGCCUGCAUAGAAGCCGCGGACGAGUCGAGCCAGGUGCGAGACUUUGAGGUCGGUGUCUUCUGCGGCCAGUACACGAGCCCCCUCCCGGCGGACUACCUCGAGCGCUCCAUGCGGCAGUACAAGCAUGCCACAUCAUCUAAGAGCGGGGGCAGUGCCGGCGCCCUGGUGUCGAGCAGCGGUCCUGUGAACGUGCAGGCGCCGUUUGAGGACCAUGAGGACAUCAAUCUUCACAACAAUCUUUCUACCAGGCAUUAGGUCGCACCACUUGGAGCAGGCCUGCAUCUCUAGGAAGUCCAUCCCUUGGGACCCUUACUGCCAUCGAUGCGCCAGGCCGAUGCUAGGAUGAAAGUGGAGGGCCGGCACAGACGCUGCUGGGCUGGACUGGGCUGGACUGUCAUGGAGUCCAUAGGAUAGACGGUGCUGGGUGGUAACCAGUGUGGUUUGCCUCUGUUGCACAGAUGAACCACGAGGCUCUCUUUUUCUCCCUCUUGUCUUGGGGUUUGAAGACAUGGGCGGCUGCAGAUUCCAAUGCCCCGCGAAGGGCAUGGAGACUUUUAUACGUACUCAAGCAGCAUAUGCAGGCGUGGUGGGCUGGGUGACCAAACCUCGUGCGCCGUAGAUUCCCUUCCCCUUCCCCGCCAGAAGAGGGACAGACACAUUUAAAUUAGAAUUGCACAUGUGUAGAGAGAGGGAGCUAUUCCAGUCAGUAUCCCUUA